AUGGCUUCUGUCACUUCAAUCAUCUUUGUCGCACUCUUUGCAGGAGUCUUAUACGCCGCCAGAAUGUCUCUCGUUCCUAUUCUCAAAUCGUUAUAUAUCCGUCUUUGGAAAGGUGUUAACCAUUUCAUUGACUGGCACAAACUUCCUACCUGGUUCGCUGUCUUUAAUCUCCUUGCCCUUCGAUAUGAACUUCGCGAGGAGAACUUGCACGAUACAUCACCCAAUGCGGACUUUCAGGGCACCGAUAAAUGUCCUAUGAGUGACUCCAAGUUUGUUUCUUCGAGAGACUCAGAUGGUCUUUACAAUGAUCUCAAGCAACCCAAGAUGGGAUGUGCUGGAAUGAGAUUCGGUCGCAAUGUUCCGAGGAAGUACACUAAGCCACCUACUGAGCAGGAAUUGCUCACACCCAACCCUAGAGUCAUCUCUGAGAGGAUUCUUGCUAGACCUGAAGGUCAAUUCAAACCAGCUGAGAUUGUCAAUCUUCUCGCCGCGGCAUGGAUCCAGUUCCAGGUCCAUGACUGGGCGCAGCAUUUCCUAGUUACAAACGGCGACAAGGAUAUCGAUAUUCCUCUCCACAAUAAAGACAAGUGGACUGAACAAGCAAUGAAGAUCCCCCGUACCAAGAAAGCCGAUAUCUUAUCCAAGCAGGAUGCAGAGACACCUGCUUAUGACAACGAAAACACCCAUUGGUGGGACGCUUCCCAAAUCUACGGAUCAAGCGAAGCCGAAACACAAGCCCUUCGCGCCAAAUGCCACAAGUCAAAGCCUGGUCAAUUAGAAGUCAGCGUCGCUGACGGCGAACAAUUUCUCCCUCGAUCAUCAGAUGGUAUUCCCAAGACUGGCUUCAGACAGAAUUGGUGGCUGGGUCUCGAACUCUUGCACACACUCUUUGCUCUUGAACACAAUGCCAUCGCUACGCAGCUUCAUCUUUCGAAUCCUAGUUGGUCGAGUGAUCAUAUCUUUGAUACCGCUAGAUUGAUCAAUUGUGCUCUUAUGGCCAAGAUUCAUACUGUUGAGUGGACGCCUGGUAUUUUGCAGCAUCCGGCGUUGCAGAUUGGAAUGAAUGCCAAUUGGUGGGGACUUUUGGGUGACAAGCUUUGGCACGCAUUUGGUCGUGUGUUUGACAACAAGUCCGAAGUCAUCUCUGGUAUCCCAGGUUCAGGCGUAGACCACGACAAAGCACCCUACUGCCUCACCGAAGAAUUCGUCUCUGUCUAUCGCCUCCAUUCUCUGAUUCCCGAUAACAUCGCCUUCUUCAACAUCAAAGAUGGACAACACGAAGGAACCCUCCCUAUCCUUGAUGUUUCAUUUGAAUCAGCUCGCAAACCCUUCGACGAAGGCAAAUCAGGUCUGGGACUUUCUUUCGCUGAUGUGUUUUACUCAUUCGGUGUCAACUAUCCUGGUGCUAUUCGGGCUCAUAAUAUGCCCAACUUCUUACGCGACUUGAAGAUCCCCGCCGACAAGGACUUCCCUCAGGGAAGACACUUGGAUUUAGGAACUAUCGAUAUUCUUCGAGAUCGUGAGCGAGGUGUUCCUCGUUACAAUGCCUUCCGUCGUCUGUUCCACAUGCCUCCCGCCAAGAGCUUCAUUGACCUCACUGGUGGUGACGCCAAACUGGCAUCUGAGCUGGAAGAAGUCUACGAAGGUAAUCUCGAAGCCGUUGAUCUUCUAGUUGGUACCCUCUGUGAGCCUCUCCCCAAGGGUUUCGGUUUCAGUGACACAGCCUUCCGCGUUUUUAUCCUCAUGGCCACUCGUCGCAUCAAGUCUGAUCGGUUCAUCGCGGGAGAUGGAUGGUGUCCUGAAGUCUACACCCGGGAGGGUAUGGAUUGGGUGCAGAAGAACACCAUGAAGGAUGUUCUGUGCAGACAUUUCCCUGAACUUGCUGCGCCAUUGCAUAAUGUUAAGAAUGCUUUUGCACCAUGGACGAAGCUUGGUCAGACAGCGGCCUAUGCAGGACCUGAGACGAACAAGGCAAAGGCUUAA